CAAGUACAGCCAGGUCUCAUCCAAGAGCCUUCCAUCCCUCGCUAACAUUUCCCCUUCCCAGCUUAAGACGAGAUCCUGACCUAAGGACUUGUAACAGCCAAGACAGGCCCAGAGAUGGAAGCAGACGAGGUCACAGAAGAGCCUCAAACCGCCAUGGAUGCAGAGGAACACCCCUCUUCAAAGGACCCCUCUGCCAAGGACUCACAGGAGCCCCCUGGCCCUGAAACAUCCUUUGAGACUUCCAUCCCUGAGACCCCGUUAGAGCCCCACACCUCUGAGAUCCCUUUAGAGCCCCACACCUCUGAAUCUCAUAGGACACCAUCUGCUUCCCAGGCCCUUUUAGAGACCCACACCUCUGAAACCCCUUUGGCAAUCCCUGAGACCCCCUUAGAGCCCCACACCUCUGAAUCUCAUAGGACACCAUCUGCUUCCCAGGCCCCUUUAGAGAUCCACACCUCUGAAACCCUUUUGGAGCCUUCCAUCCCUGAGACCUCUUCAGGAUACUCUGUCUCUGAGAUCCCUUUGGAAACCCCUAUCCCUGAGACCCUAUUGGAGACUCACAUGUUUAAGGUCCCAGAGAAACACCUUUCUUUUCAUACCUCAUCACAAGGCCGUAUCACUGUACCUUCCUCUAAUACUCUGAAGGAAGACCUCUCUGAGUAUUCCUCCAGUGAGGUCUCACAGACAGGGAGGUCUACCCAGAUCUCUGAGUCUGAGAUCCUUCAAAAGCACUCCCUUUCAGGCCCUUCAGCCCAGGUCCACCUGGACACAUCUGCAAAGGAGAAGGAAGGGGAAGGAGAGGACAAGGAGCAGGUGGAUGCCACUGACAGUACCGCACACACAGCUCAGCCUGGACACCAGCUGGGCAAGAAGAAGGGGAAGAAAGGAGUUAGCCGUUAUGUGGUCCAACCAGAGGUCCCCGCUCAGCAGACAGAAAUGGUGGAAGUGGCUAAGGCAAUGCACAGAAAGAAGUUCAGUGCUCAGGCAAAUUAUCUUUUCCAAUGGGAGAAGAAUGCAACCCUGAAUGCCAUCCAGACAGGUCUCCACAUUGGCUGGCGCUGCCCCCAUUAUCUAUGGGACUGUUUCCAAAUUGGAGACGAAUCCAAAUGCUUUUGUGGACACUUGUUGAGAGAGCACCAGAUCGUCUCAGACAUAUCUGUGCCCUGCAAUGUGGGCCAGUGCCGCUGCCUCAUGUUCUGCUUUAUCCCAUCACGCCCAGAGGAGGUGGGUGAGUUCUGGCUUAAAAGACGAGCUGCCUUUGACCCUAAGGCCUGGAGGGCCCAAUGUCGCUGCAAACACAGCCAUGAAGACCAUGCAGCUACUGGGUCCCAUUCCUGCCGGGUGAAAGGCUGUUGCUGCAACUGCUUUGAGUCUAAUUUCCUCUGUGCGGCCUGUGACCGGCGCUGGGAGGAACAUGAGACUUUCUUUGAGACUGAGGAGACCCGGCGACGAGGAGGGAGGCCUCACGGGACAGACGCUGUCAACACCUGGCGCAAGCCUCUCUGAGCCUGGCUCGAAUCAGCAAUAAAGAAAGCGGAAGCCA